AUAUAGUCAUGUGUGAUCUUGUUUGAUUUGUCUUAACAUAUAGAUUAUUAAUAUAUAAUUUCUAUAAUUUUUUAAUAUACAAAUUACAAGAUAAAAUGGAUUAAAGAAGUGUGUUGGAUGGUGUGUAAAAAUGAAAGUGGACAAAUACUCUGGGACGGAGAUCGCCGGCGAACUGCCGCCGGGACAAAAUCCCUCCGCCGCCAAAGUCGCCGUCCACUUCCCCAAAUCAAAUCCAUCCGAACUUCAACCCCGCCGAUUCAAAGAUUCGGGAGCGGGAGUGAGCGCAAGUUCCGCGUUUCAUGCGGCGCUGCUAGCAUGCACGACCGCUAAAUUACGCCGAGUUUCGUCUGUUUAAUCCGAAGCUUAUCGGAAUCGGAGGCUUCGAUUUCCAGCGCGACGAGCUGAUACAUUUCGGGGAAGAGAAGAACAGUGCGGGAGGAAGAUGUCGAAUCAAGUGGUGAAGGUGAGGAGAGAAACAAUUGCGGCAUGCAUGACCUGCCCUCUUUGCAGUAAGCUCUUCAGAGAUGCCACUACAAUCUCAGAAUGCCUUCAUACGUUUUGCAGGAGAUGCAUUUACAAGAAGCUCUCAGACGAGGAGACAGAAUGUUGCCCAAUUUGUAACAUUGAUUUAGGCUGCGUCCCACUUGAAAAACUGAGGGCAGAUCAUAAUCUGCAAGAUGUAAGGGCAAAGAUUUUCCCAUAUAAGAGGCGAAAGGUGAUGGCACCUGAAGUUUUGCCUUCAGUUGUGUUGCCAGCGAAGAAAAAGGAGCGAUCACUUUCAUCAUUAGUGGUAAAUACCCCAAGAGUGUCAACCCAAUCAGGUACAACUGGAAGAAGGUCUAAAUCUGUUGCCAGGAAAUCAUUACGAGGCUCUAAUUUUUCCAUUGAGAAACCUAUCAGAAAAGAUGAAGCUGACACUGAAGAUCAGCCUGAAAGCUCUAACUCACCUGAGACGUUGAACAAGUUUACCCGGAAUGCAAGACAGAACACUUCCAAUUCUGAACCAUCCAGUCUUGUAUUACCUAUUAAAGAAACAAAUAAUGCCACUAAACAGUGGGAUGAGAAAGUUGAUUUAUGGAAAUCUUUGAAUUGUUUGGUGGAAGCUGCAAACCAGAGCAAGCCUAUGUUGCAAGUUUCUGCUGCAAAACCUGAACUUCCAAAUACAUCUGAUAAUGAUGGAAAUGUCCGAAAAGUUAAAGUCAAAGAGCAUGGACAGAAAUUUAAAGUUGAACAUGACCACAAUGAUCCUAUUCCUCAUGAAUCAGAAAAGCCUCGAAAGUUGCGAAGAGUUAGAAAGAAAGAUCCCACUUUUGGAAGUUUUAAGAUUUCGCCGCAAGAUGUGCUUGAUGCUACUAGCACUAAAUGCCAUAGAAGGAUCAGCCCAAUUUGGUUCUCCUUAGUGGCCUCCGGGGAUCAGGAAGGAAAUGAACCACUUCCCCAGAUUUCUGCAAGUUACUUGAGAAUAAAGGACGGGAACAUUCCAGUUUCAUUCAUUCAAAAGUACCUGAUGAGAAAAUUGGAUCUUGCAAGUGAAGAUGAGGUUGAAAUCAGAUGCAUGGGGCAGCCGAUAGUACCCACUUUACAGCUAAACAGUUUGCUGGAUAUGUGGCUUCAAAUGGCUUCUGCUGAACGGGUAUCCGUUGCAAUUGGUUCCUCGGCCAAAGAUUUCGUCAUGGUUUUGGCUUAUGCCCGUAAGGUCCCCUCUUCUUAGCCUCUUCUAGCUUCUCCCAUCCAUUCUUUUAUUCACCAUUUUCAAGUUCUAAUGCCCAGAGAAUACCAACACCAAUGAGUUAUACCAAAAAGAGUCAUUGACCACGGGUUUGACUCGUCACUUUAACUAUUCUCACGUUGUUGUGCCGGAUAGAAAACUAGAGUGCUUCGCAUGUUGUAUCAACGAUUCUACGCUCUGUAGAGUAAUAUAAUAUAUAGUGUGUGAUAUA